AUGGAGCCGGCAAAAGACCCUCCCACUCCUACCAAAUCCAAUUUACGGUUCACUCUCGAGCUGGAAUUUGUGUCGUCGCUUGCCAAUCCUUACUAUCUGUCUUACCUGGCUGUCACCUAUCCAAACCUUCUUGGCGUGGCCCAGAGCGAGGAGGAUGAAGAGUCAGUCUCAGCGCCAGAUGCACAGGCAUUUGCCGCAUAUCUAGCCUACCUUUAUUCAUACUGGAAAAGACCCGAAUACGCGCAAUUCCUCACUCAUCCGGGCCCAACUCUGCGCGCCUUGCGAUUGCUUCAAGAAGAUCGAUUUCGCCGCGACAUCAUCCUGCCACAUGUUAUUGAGAGUCUGGCUGGUAAUACGCAAAUGAAUGAGCCGCCCAGGGAAGGAGAGCAGGGGGAGAAUGGGGAAGAGGCGAACGGGACACACACAUGA